CAGGCGUUGGUCUCCGCGCUCCAGCUCCGCAGCGGCCACGAUCGAUCCUGCGACGGGUCUACGCGCGCUUCUGCGCGCCCCCGACGGAUUUUUCCCGUUCCGGCUCUUCCCUGUUCACCUCCCCGCCCCCCUGUUUCUGUCUUUCCCGCCGCUCCGGCGCGGAGCCCGGGGGCCAGCCGGCGGCCGUGACCCCGCCCGAAACCCCUCUGGAGCUGCCCGGGGACAGUUCCCCUCCCUUUUCUUCAGCCUAGCCCGGGGUGGUCCUCGCGGAGCCCGUCAGCCCCGGGGAGCGCAGCCGGGAGGGGCGUCCGAGGGGCGUCUCGGGGCUUGGAGCAGCCCAGCCCCAGCAGGCUGCGGCCGGGGGUGGGGGCGCCGGAGCGUCGAGGCCCCCUCGCCGGGCUGCACGGGCCGCCGGGCCCCCAGGCUGAGAGGGGGCCGGAGCGGCGCCCCCGCCGCCCGCGCGGGGUCUCCCCCAUGGUGCAGCGGGGUUCGGGAUGUCGAAGACGCUGAAGAAGAAGAAGCACUGGCUCAGCAAGGUGCAGGAGUGCGCUGUGUCCUGGGCCGGGCCCCCGGGCGACUUGGGCGCCGAGAUCCGGGGCGGCGCGGAGCGGGGCGAGUUCCCUUACCUGGGGCGGCUCCGGGAGGAGCCCGGCGGGGGCACCUGCUGCGUAGUCUCGGGCAAGGCGCCCAGCCCUGGGGAUGUGCUGCUGGAGGUGAACGGGACGCCUGUCAGCGGGCUCACCAACCGGGACACUCUGGCUGUCAUCCGCCACUUCCGAGAGCCCAUCCGUCUCAAGACUGUGAAGCCAGGCAAAGUCAUUAAUAAAGAUUUGCGACAUUACCUGAGUCUUCAGUUUCAGAAAGGAUCAAUUGACCACAAAUUGCAGCAAGUGAUCAGAGAUAAUCUCUACUUGAGAACCAUUCCAUGCACUACAAGGGCCCCCAGGGAUGGGGAAGUACCAGGGGUGGACUAUAAUUUCAUUUCUGUUGAACAGUUCAAAGCACUGGAAGAGAGUGGAGCAUUAUUAGAAAGUGGAACGUAUGACGGAAACUUCUAUGGAACUCCCAAGCCUCCAGCAGAACCCAGCCCUUUCCAGCCAGAUCCAGUUGACCAGGUCCUCUUCGAUAAUGAGUUUGACACCGAAUCCCAAAGAAAGCGAACUACGUCCGUCAGCAAGAUGGAAAGAAUGGACAGCUCUCUUCCGGAAGAGGAAGAAGAUGAGGACAAGGAAGCUGUUAAUGGCAGUGGAACUGCAGAAAACGGAGAGAGGCGUUCUGAGUCAUCUGAUUGGAUGAAGACUGUCCCGAGUUAUAACCAAACUAAUAGCUCCAUGGACUUCAGAAAUUAUAUGAUGAGAGAUGAGAAUCUGGAACCACUGCCCAAAAACUGGGAGAUGGCCUACACCGACACGGGGAUGGUCUACUUCAUUGACCACAAUACCAAGACAACCACCUGGUUGGAUCCUCGUCUUUGUAAGAAAGCCAAAGCCCCUGAAGACUGUGAAGACGGAGAACUUCCUUAUGGCUGGGAGAAAAUAGAGGACCCUCAGUAUGGGACAUACUAUGUUGAUCACCUUAACCAGAAAACCCAGUUUGAAAAUCCAGUGGAGGAAGCCAAAAGGAAAAAGCAGUUAGGACAGGCUGAUACUGGGUCUUCAAAACCAGAUAUGGAAAAAUCCCACUUUACUCGAGAUCCCUCCCAGCUGAAAGGCAUUCUUAUUCGAGCAUCAUUGAAGAAAAGCACAAUGGGAUUUGGUUUUACCAUUAUUGGUGGAGAUAGGCCUGAUGAGUUUUUACAAGUAAAAAAUGUGCUGAAAGAUGGUCCUGCAGCUCAGGAUGGGAAAAUUGCACCAGGUGAUGUUAUUGUAGACAUCAAUGGCAGCUGUGUCCUUGGUCACACCCAUGCAGAUGUUGUCCAGAUGUUUCAAUUGGUACCUGUCAAUCAGUAUGUCAACCUCACUCUCUGCCGUGGUUAUCCACUUCCUGAUGACAAUGAAGACCCUGUUGUGGACAUUGUUGCUGCUACUCCUGUCAUCAAUGGACAGUCAUUAACCAAGGGAGAGACUUGCAUGAAUACUCAGGAUUUUAAGUCAGGAGCAGUGGUCCUGGACCAGAAUGGAAAGCCGGGACCCACCUUGAUCAGUGACCGUCUUAAUGGACCAUCGGACCCGAGCGAGCAGCGAGCAUCCCUGGCAUCAUCGGGCAGCUCCCAGCCUGAACUAGUGACUAUCCCUCUGAUUAAGGGCCCUAAAGGCUUUGGGUUUGCAAUUGCUGACAGCCCAACAGGACAGAAGGUCAAAAUGAUAUUGGAUAGUCAGUGGUGUCAAGGCCUCCAGAAAGGGGAUAUAAUUAAGGAAAUUUACCAUCAAAAUGUGCAGAAUUUAACACAUCUCCAAGUGGUAGACGUGCUAAAGCAAUUUCCUGUAGGUGCAGAUGUACCAUUGCUUAUCUUAAGAGGAGGUCCUCCUUCACCAACUAAAACUGCCAAAAUGAAAACAGACAGAAAGGAACAUUCAGGAAGUUUGGAGGCCAUAAAUGAGCCCAUUCCCCAGCCUAUGCCGUUUCCACCCAGCAUUAUCAGGUCAGGAUCCCCGAAAUUGGAUCCUUCUGAGGUCUACCUGAAAUCGAAGACUUUAUAUGAAGAUAAACCACCAAACACCAAGGACUUGGAUGUUUUUCUUCGGAAACAGGAGUCGGGGUUUGGCUUCCGGGUACUGGGAGGAGAGGGACCGGACCAGUCUAUCUACAUCGGGGCCAUCAUUCCUCUGGGCGCAGCAGAGAAAGACGGUCGGCUCCGUGCAGCUGACGAGCUGAUGUGCAUUGAUGGGAUUCCUGUGAAAGGGAAGUCUCACAAACAAGUCUUGGAUCUCAUGACAACGGCAGCUCGAAAUGGCCACGUGCUAUUAACUGUCAGAAGAAAGAUCUUCUAUGGUGAGAAACAACCUGAGGAUGACAGCUCUCAAGCCUUCCUUUCAACACAGAAUGGCUCGCCCCGCCUGAACCGAGCAGAGGUCCCAGCCAGGCCUGCUCCGCAGGAGGCCUAUGAUGUAGUCUUGCACCGAAAGGAAAAUGAAGGAUUUGGCUUUGUCAUCCUCACCUCCAAAAACAAACCACCUCCAGGAGUUAUUCCUCAUAAAAUUGGCCGAGUCAUAGAGGGAAGCCCAGCAGAUCGCUGUGGAAAACUGAAAAUCGGAGAUCACAUCUCUGCGGUGAAUGGGCAGUCCAUUGUUGAACUGUCCCAUGAUAACAUUGUUCAGCUGAUCAAAGACGCUGGCGUCACCGUCACACUAACGGUCGUUCCUGAGGAAGAGCAUCAUGGUCCGCCUUCAGGAACAAACUCUGCCAGGCAGAGCCCUGCCCUGCAGCACAGAGCCAUGGGGCAGUCCCAGGCCAACCACACAGCUGGGGACAGAAGUGCUCUAGAAGGUGAAAUCGGGAAAGAUGUCCCCACUUCUUACAGACAUUCAUGGUCUGACCACAAGCACCUUGCCCAGCCUGACACGGCAAUGAUUUCGAUUGUAGGCACCCGGCACAAUCAGAGCCUUGGUUGUUACCCAGUGGAGCUGGAGAGAGGCCCCCGGGGCUUUGGGUUCAGCCUCCGCGGGGGGAAGGAGUACAACAUGGGGCUGUUCAUCCUGCGUCUUGCUGAGGAGGGCCCCGCCAUCAAAGACGGCAGGAUUCACGUGGGUGACCAGAUUGUCGAAAUCAAUGGGGAGCCUACACAAGGCAUCACACAUACUCGAGCAAUUGAGCUCAUUCAGGCCGGUGGAAAUAAAGUUCUUCUGCUUUUGAGGCCAGGAACUGGCUUGAUACCUGACCACGGUGAUUGGGAUGUUAAUAAUCCUUCGUCUUCAAAUGUGAUUUAUGACGAGCAGCCCCCCUUCCCCCCAUCUUCCCAUCCUGCUUCCAUAUUUGAGGAGUCUCCCGUGCCAGUAAUUGAAGGCUCUUUAAUGAGAGGUCAGACAUGUGAAAAGACCGAGGAAUUAAAGGAUGGUGUGCCUGAAAAGAAAAGCACUUUAAAUGAAAAUCCGCCUGAUAAAAAGCAGCACUCUUUUCUCCAGAAAAAUGUGAAUAAAAGGGAUCCACCCAGCAGUCAUGGGCAGAGUGACAAGAAAAAUCUUUUCAGAGUAGAAAACGGUGUUACACAAAGAGGCAGAUCUGCCAGUCCCAGAAAGUCCGCCGGCCGACAUGCAGAAGGACGUUCACACAGGCUUCCCAGUCCUCUACCUACUGACCCCAAAAGAAGACCCAGAGAUCGAUCACUCAGUCCCAGGAAAGGGGACAGUAAAGGGGGGCAGAUGGGCACCAGGCCAGGUUCCGGACAAGAUGGCUGCAGAAGAAGCAGAGGACGGUCUUCAAGCCCAAAGAACCAGCAGAAGACGGAGGGAAGCAAAGGCCGACCAUCAGAGUCGGAGAGUCAGGGGGGCGGGGGCCGCGCGAGGGACGGGGCCGAGCAGACCUCCGAGGGCAGAGAAGAAUCGGGUGUUGUCCAGAGGGACGCAAAGCAGAGCCAGUCUGGAAAAAACAGAACACGGUCUCCAGAGAAAAAAAGCAAGAGGAUAGAUGAAAAGUCCCUUCCAUCCAAAAAGACUAGUACCGCUGCUAGUAGAGUAUUAUCUGACAGGGAGAAAGGAAAGAAGGCGGCCUUAGAAGAGACAAGCUCCAGCAAAAAGAAGCCAGGAGAAAAUGCCAGAAUAUCAGACAAGAAGCUGAAGCAGGACCCUGAAGAAAGGAUGGUUUUAAACAAAACCCAAGCUCCCCGAGGAAAAGAACAAGAGGCAGCCGAUAGAACCAGAGAGAGCGGAGGGUUCCAACCUGAGAGCGCUUCUCCCGUUAAGAAAACACCCAUAACUCCAGGGCCCUGGAAGGUGCCAAGUGCAAACAAAGCAGCAGGCACUACUGGUGUGGCCGAGAAACGGCUGUGACCUCCGGUAUAAAACAAAGAAAAACAAGUUGUAAUCUUUUCUUACUAAAAAGUGGCAUUUAUCCAAAACAAAACCCUACAAAGUCAUUUUUCCUGAAAUUCUGGAACACGACACAUUUUGACUUGAGCAUCCGGUUAGCCAGGCUGCAUGAAGCGCCUUCGGGACCGCUGCCAACCAACCGUCCCCCGGGCAGCCGCCCUCCCGCCUCCGCGAGGGUCCCAAGUGACGCGAGCGGACGUGCACGGCCUGGUCACAGCUCCCUUGAUACCUGCGCCAGAUUAUCUACUGCGUCAUGUCUGUUUUAUCCAUCUCACUCAGCUGUUCCCACAGGAAUGAGAAAACUCGGUUUGGCUUGGAAGUCGAUAUUCUCAAUAGCAUGCUGCAUGUUUACAGAGAGACACAUUUGAGUCCUUGCAGAAGAAGGGGUUGUUAGCUCAUCAUUAAAAGAUGGCAGUCGCCUCUUCUAACAGCUACAGGUGAUGGCGCAGGCCCAGUUUAAAAAUGAAACUCCAAAACAUCACUACUGAAAAGAAAAACAAAAUGGAGUCAGAUAACGACACUCUCUUAGGGUUUUGAAUUCGGCUGGAUCAGGUAUUUCAGGUAACUUACAGAUAUUACUUACAAUUCGAUGUUUAAAAUGAGCUAGUGCUUUAGGCAAUGAAGAGUUCCCCCUCCUGCUGUUAUUCUCCAACCCUGAUGUGUGGUCUUAGCAUCUCAGGUCGGCCUUUUCCUUCAGUUUAUUUUGUUAGGAAACCAGAAAGCAGCAUGUGGAAAUAUUGCUUACUGCUGUUCAGAGAAAAACUACCAGGUUUCUAUUUCUGGAUAUUUGGGUUGGACCUCUUACUACUCAUCCGUUAGUCCUUACUACAUAGUGCGUACGGGAAGAGUCAAAACGUCGUACAGAUCGUGAGGGCCUCGAUCGCAAGGCACUUUCCCAGAUAGAGGACCACGCCUCCGGCAGUAGCUGUCCGAGCUCAGGUGUUUCAAGGCAGGACCUGCGUUCAGACCUGCUCAGCAAGAGGACCAACGUGGCGGUAGACAGCCCUUGCUAGAUCUGAUUUCGUUUUAAUUUCUAGCUAUGUUAACUUAUUUAAAAAACAAGAAAGGGAGACUAGACAUCUGCUUAGCUUGUACACAUUUUCAGAGUCCUUUGAAAAAAAUCUCAGUAAAGAUGUUUGCUGGGAGGUAGAGACCAUUUUUAGCUCCAUAAAAGAGAUCCAGGAUUUUCAGGCCCCUGUAGCAGCUAUGAAUAAAGGAACAAUCUCAGAACAAAACCAUUUUAUGGAGUAUUUGAACACACCUGUUCUGUCCCCUGGGUUCAUCUUGUUCUUGUGAAACAUGGUACAUCCAGGCCCUGUCCUCUCAGAGUCCAACUGUGAAAGUCUUUAACGUACCAACCGAAGCCACCCUUGUAGCUGAGACAUGCUUCCCAGAGUGAGAUUUCUGAACUCCCCUUCCAUCCGGAACUAUAUUUACCCACCUAUUGUAACUACUUGAAUAGAGAAAAAUUAGGAGGCUUGAUCCAUGCUGAGAAUUUAGCACCACAGAAAUGAUUUAUUUUCCCUAUAGUCCACAAUUAGUGAUAAAAAAAUCCUAUUUUUAUUGUUAACUGUGACAUAACUUCGAUGUCAUAUGUUGUCGGUCUGAUGUGGCUCUUUUCUUUCUAAGUAACCUGUCACUGUACUGAUUAUAUACUGACUUAGCAAUGUGGCCUUGGAAUGCUAAGCAAAAUAUGGAUGUACUGGUUGUAAAUGUUUAUAUAUUGUACAGUACCUUUAUAUAUACACACUUGAGGUUCUGAUUAGAGAGAUCUGUAAAUCGCUCGUUAUUUUUUAUAUAGAUA